AUGGGAGGAUCGUACUUUAGUGAAAAUGAAUAUUGGAUUGCAGUUCUUGAUUUAUUUUUAUUCAUAACAAUUCUUGCUUUAUUAGUUUAUAUUAUUAUUAAAUGCUUUGUAGUAACACCAGUAUCAUAUACUACAAGUGAUUGUAUUUAUUCUUCUUCGGACAUUUUUAAAUAUCCAUAUAAUGACACAAAUCAAAGAUUAAUUACAAACACUUCUAUUUCACCGGGAUUUAUUGAUACUACAGAAUCUGGUACUAAUAAUGUAAAUAUAUUUCUAACAGUUGAAAGUAAAGAUAAAAUUGGAUUAUCUUCAAAUGAAAAAGAACUUAGAAACAUUGAAGAAUUGACAACAUCAUCAACAUUAAAAACAUUACCAUCAAAUUUCAAUAAUAAAGAAAUUAAAAAAAAAGAUGUACAACAGGAGGGUGGAAAAAUUAUUAUGGAUAAAAAAAAUAUUGAAGUAAACAAAAGUAUUACAAAUUCUUCUUUUGUAGAUCCAUCAACAAUUGGUUACACAACUUCUGGUGAACCUUUAAGUAUUGUAUCUUCAAAAUGUACCUCUAAUCACAAAUAA